UCAGUGCUAAAGACCAGCAGAGAAUCGUAUUUUGUUCAUUCUGUGUAGAUGGAACAGGCAUCGGUCUUGGGAGUCCAUCCUGAUUUAAAGCUGCUUACUUGGUUUUCUGGGAUUAAAGGUGCUCAAUGAAUCAGGGCCCCCCAAAUGAGUCAAACAGCCAAUUCUUGCCAACAGUUGGUUGAAAACUGUGCCGCGCAUGUAGCAGGGAUGGCGCAAGAGGACAGUCGCCGUGGACAGGUGCCACCCACGUUUUAUCACGGUGCCAGCCAGGAACUCGAUCUGUCCACCAAAGUAUACAAGAGGGAGUCAGGAAGUCCUUACUCCGUGCUGGUGGACAGCAAAAUGAGUAAACCACAUCUCCAUGAAAGAGAGGAGCAGCCAUAUUUCAGGGAGAACAGAUCGGUAGGAGAGGUCCGGGCUGUGAAAGAAGAUAGAGAAAACUCUGACGACUCUGAGGAGGAAGAAGAGGAGGAAGAUGAAGUGACUUACAAAAGGGAGCAGAUUAUAGUAGAGGUAAACCUUAACAACCAAACAUUAAAUGUAUCAAAAGGGGAGAAGGGUGUCCCCUCCCAGUCCAAAGAGACUGCUGUUCUUAAGACCAGCAGUGAGGAAGAGGAGGGUGACAGUUCUGGGGAAGAGGCCACUGAAGACAGUAGUGAUUAUGAGGAAAAUUCGAGGCAGAAGAAAAAAGAGAAAAGAGUGGAAAAAGUUAGUGUUGCACAAAGGAGAACAAGGAGAGCUGCAUCUGCUGCAGCAGCCACAACUUCCCCAUCACCCCGAACUACGAGUGUGGAGCCCCCCAAGCGUAAGAAGAAAGCUGCAAAGGAGCCCAAGGCACCUGUGCAGAAAUCAAAGUGUGAAGAGAAGGAGACUUUAACCUGUGAGAAGUGCCCCAGGGUGUUUAACACACGCUGGUACCUGGAGAAGCACAUGAACGUCACUCACAGGCGCAUGCAGAUCUGCGACAAAUGUGGGAAGAAAUUUGUUCUAGAAAGUGAGCUGUCCCUUCACCAGCAAACAGACUGUGAAAAAAAUAUCCAGUGCGUUUCCUGUAAUAAAUCGUUCAAGAAGCUCUGGUCCCUCCAUGAACAUAUCAAGAUUAUCCACGGAUAUGCAGAAAAGAAAUUCUCUUGUGAGAUUUGCGAAAAAAAGUUCUACACCAUGGCCCACGUGCGGAAACAUAUGGUUGCACACACAAAGGACAUGCCAUUUACAUGUGAAACCUGUGGAAAAUCAUUCAAACGCAGUAUGUCUCUCAAAGUACAUUCCCUACAGCAUUCUGGAGAGAAACCUUUCAGAUGUGAGAACUGUGAUGAGAGGUUUCAGUACAAGUACCAGCUGCGUUCCCACAUGAGCAUCCACAUUGGGCACAAGCAGUUCAUGUGCCAGUGGUGUGGCAAAGACUUCAACAUGAAACAGUACUUUGAUGAGCACAUGAAAACACACACUGGAGAGAAGCCCUUUAUCUGUGAAAUCUGUGGGAAGAGCUUCACCAGCCGCCCAAACAUGAAGAGACAUCGCAGAACUCACACAGGGGAGAAGCCCUACCCAUGUGAUGUGUGUGGCCAGCGAUUUCGCUUCUCCAACAUGCUCAAGGCCCACAAGGAGAAGUGCUUCCGCGUUACCAGCCCCGUCAACGUGUCAACUGCUGUCCAGAUCCCACUGUCCACGACUUCUCCCGCCACCACAGUCCCUGCUGUAGUGAACACACCCACCACCCCAACUCCACCUAUCAACCUGAACCCAGUGAGCACACUUCCUCCACGCCCCAUUCCCCACCCUUACUCACACCUUCACCUACAUCCUCACCCUCACCAUCCACAUCAUCUCCCGGUCCCCCCGGUUCCCCAUUUACCCCCUCCUCCAGCUCUUUUUAAGAGUGAGCCUUUAAAUCACAGAGGCCAGAGUGAGGACAACUUUCUGCGACACCUGGCAGAAAAAAACAGUUCAGCGCAGCACCACUAACAUCUUUCCUUCCUGCCAGCUGUUUUCCCGUUUUCUGCACAUGGAACCAUGCCCUCGUGGAAGUACGGAGGGUUAGUUGGUGAGGAUCUUUGUCUUUCUCUUAGCCCCGGCAGACGGUCCUAAUUUUUCCCUCGAAUCAGUUAACAAACAAGAAAAUCCUGUUUUGGAUCAGCAGUGCUCAUUUGAACCUGGGAACCGACAGGACUUCAACCCGAUUUGCUUGCGUUUUACUGGUGACUUUUAUAAAUUUCAGAUACUGAGACUUGUGGAAUUUUAUAAUUUCAUAUCAGCUGAUGAGGUAUGCUUGCUUUUAUAUCCUGGCCUUCUCCUCAAAGAGGAGCUAGGCCUGGUUUUCUUUGUACUAAUCGGAAAGGCUGUGAGAUUAAUACAGAGCAUUAAUUGUAUCACUGUGUAUCGUAAUGGAUUCUUUUGAGCUUUUGGUGCCGGCUACGGAGUGAGCCAGCCACGUAUCACAGUAUAUUUGAGCAUUAUAAAGAAAGACAAAAAAAUUUCUUGUUUGUGUAGCUCUCCUAACACACUCUUUAUUUUACUACAGAAAUUAUUUUAGAGUUUUUUGUAUAGACCUAUUUAGUAGUCUGUUUCUAAAAUGAAAUGUAUUUCAAUAAGCGGUGUAAUUUUUUCAGUGUAGCUGGACCUAUGUUGUAUAAUAGAUAAAUUUUUAUAAUCAUCAAAAUGUGAUUCUUAAAAGAUGCAUAUAGCUUCUAUAGUUAAAGUUAUUCUUACAACCAUACAACUUAAAAGGUGCUUCAGAGAAGAAAGGAACCCAAGAGGUCUCUGGAAAGGUUGCCUCAAAAGUGAUGUUGAUUUCGGAACUUUACGUAAUUUAUUUU